AUGCCUUUCAUGACCCUAAAUAAAACAUUUUGGAUUCAACUAUUUUAUUUCAUCUCCAUCUCUUCUUUUGGAUUUCUAAUUUUGACGAUAUUAAAACCUAGAACGGAUCCUUCUUUUCGACCCACAAAUCUAGAUUUGUUCUACACUUCAGUGUCUGCCUCCACUGUUUCGAGCAUGUCCGCCAUGAAAAUGGAAGUUUUCUCCAAUUCCCAACUCAUUACCUUAACAAUUCUCAUGUUUCUAGGGGGAGAGAUUUUCACUUCCAUGGUUGGCCUCCACUUGAGAAAAUUUAGCAUAACUCAAUCAACUUUCUCAGUUUUCAUCACUGUUUCUACUUUGGCUAGCUGUGGUUAUGUUCCAACAAAUGAAAACAUGGUUGUUUUUCGGAGAAAUUCAGGUCUUCUUCUAAUGCUGAUCCCUCAAGUUUUAGUUGGCAACACGUUGUACCCAUUUUUGUUGAGGAUUUUGAUUUGGGUAAUUGGGAGGAAGAAAGAGAUGAAAUUGUGUGAUUAUUUGUUGAAGAACAGUGAGGAAAUUGGGUACCUUCCGAUCUUGAACAUCUUCUAUCUUCCUCCAUAUACAUCUUUCCUUCCAUUGAAAGACAAGGAGCGAGUAGAAGAUGAUGUUCAUCUUCAACCUCUGCAAAAAAUUACAAGAACCAGACAUGAAAAGGCUCUGCAAAAUUUCUUGCUCUCACACCUCUCCUAUCUCACCAUCUUCAUCAUUGUUAUUUGUGUAAUUGAGAGGAAAAAUAUGGUUGAGGAUCCAAUCAAUUUCAGUGUUUUCAACAUUUUGCUUGAAGUGAUUAGUGCUUACGGAAAUGUAGGAUUUACGACGGGUUAUAGUUGCAAACGACAACUCCAUCCCCAAAACGACUGUGUCGACAAAUGGUAUGGAUUUUCGGGAAAAUAG